AUGUUGGAACGCUCGCCUUCGAUUUGUCCCCAAAUCAGUUGUGAGCCAAAUAGCCAGAUCUCACCCAUUGACAUCCCCGAAUCAAAUAUAGAUACUUACACAAUCUUACCGCGCUCAGUGGGAAUGGCCGAACCAAGCGACGGAGUGUCUGAACCUGAUAACGGACCGAAGGAGCAACCACCAGAGCUCAGAACCCAAGCAGAUUUAAUCAUCCGGGAAUUUGAACGGCUGCAGGAUUACGAUUUCGACUCACCAACCGACACUCUUAUAGAUAUCUCCAUUGAACGAUUGAGGUCGAAAAAAGAUCUCCUAAUUCGUUUGGACUCAAGCCUUCUACCUCAACUCCAACAUCAAUGCAGCAGUCUUUCUGGAUUGUUGCGCAGGCCAAACCAUUUGAAGAACAAUCCGGCCUCAAUGUUCAAGCAAAUCUCACAGAUCCAAGCCAAUCUUCGCCUCACUUUCAGCCAAAUCGUCCAGACACUCAAUGAAGUCUUUCCUGGAAAAAUCCCCGAACCUUGUCAGAGAAAUGACCAACACUUCAAAGAGUUGAAAAUCUAUAGACUCCACAGAUUCAAUGAUUCUCUCAGAGGAAACAUUCCAAAUCGACUCCAACUUUUGUUUGAAGAUUCUAUCACAUUUAUCGACAAUUUCAAGCUUUCAACAGCAAGGAGAAGUGAUGAAAACGAGUUCGCAUAUUUGAAAAUCGACGAGGAGAUACAAUUAACGAUAAGAUAUCUCAAAGGAUCCGAAUUGAGCUUGAUAUGGGAGCUUUGGAAAGAUCUGAUCAAGAUGUCGCAUUAUGAAUUGGAAUACCUACUAGACCAGAUGGAUCCGAUGAGGCCCUUGAACCAAGAGAGAAAAAGUCUCUUGAGUCAACCAUCUAUCCAACUCGGUCGAUCAAUCCUUCCAAUCUUCAAACUAUCCAGACUUUUUUUCAAGAAAUUAUAUCGACAGAAUGUCAACAAGGAAGGAACUGAAUUGUUUACAGAGAUGUGUUCUAAUCAAUUGUUUUUCUUACACAAAUCAAUGGACAAAAUCCGUGACGAGAUUUCGGACCUAUUGGCGUAUGUACUAGAUGCUAAUCGACCUGCCCCUGGUGCCACUAGUUCCGCUAUUAUCCAAGCACUCAGCGAACUCAUCAAAUUAUUCCAAUCUUAUCUCUCCUCUAUCAACCUCUAUCUUCUUCCUAAUAUGUUCCCAAACCGUACCGAUUUGUCUCGUCAAACUUACCUCCGAGAUUGGUUUGUUACAUGGACUACUUCAUUUUUUGUAGCCAGUCAUAAUGCUAUCCAAGCUGCCGAAUCGUUUGCAGACACUUGA